AUUUAUUUACAGUGAACAUUUUAUUGAUCAGUUUUUAAGUAUUAUCCCAAAUUAUUUAUCCACAACACACUUUCUCUUAUUCUCUCGUGAUAUUACGACUUUCAAGCUUUUUUUAUACGAAAUUCAAAAAAAAUUAAUUAGUUAUUAUAUUAAAACACAAUGAAUUACCAAAACAUAUACCCACCCGCAUCAAAACCUGUCCAAUCAUUAUCACUUUUUGAAAAAUUACUGAAGAUCGGUAGGAAUAUCCCGUGCACUUUCGAAGGUGGUUCUGGGAGCAUGCCAGAGCGCUGUCCUUGUCUUGGGUGGAAACCUAAAACCCAUAACACUGGUCGAGCAGACCUGUGCGCAUGCGGACACAGAGUUGUUUAUCAUGGAGAAAGUAAUGAUAGUAAUUCAAGUUCAGAAGAAUUAGAACGAAGAAUAGAAAUCGCCAUGAGAAUUGAUAAGAUCUUAGAAUCUAAAGGAAAGCUUUUGGACUUUGAUUACCAAGACGAAGAGAUCCGAAGUUUGCGAAGGAUGCUUUCCUCGGGAAGUGAUACAACAACCAAUAAACCUUCAAAGCGUAAGUUAGAGAACGGCGAGGAUUCGGCAACUAAUAUUUACAAGGAACUUGAGGAACCCUUGUCAAUACCAGAAAAGCCCGCAGUUAUUGAAGAAAGAGAUGGAAUUAUUGAGAUGAGGGUCAUAACAAACAAUGGUACUAUGGACAAUUUAUUGCUUUUAACAAGUUUAAAAAACUGCAUUCGUACACAGUUGCCUAACAUGCCAGCUGAAUACAUAACGCGCCUUGUAUAUGACAAUAAACAUCAAUCAAUGGCAAUUGUUAAAGAAAAAAAGCGGGUUGUAGGUGGUAUCACAUUCCGCUUGUUUCCAGAAAAUAAUCUGGCGGAGAUUGUUUUUUGCGUUGUAAAUUCAGACGAACAGGCCAAGGGAUACGGCUCACAUAUGAUGAAUCACCUCAAGGACCAUCUCAAAGACAAUGAAAAUGUAAAAUAUCUUAUGACAUAUGCUGAUAAUCAUGCAAUGGGUUUUUUUAAGAAAAAUGGGUUUACAACAGAGAUUACCCUUGAACGUCGCCUGUGGGUUGGCUUCAUUAAAGAUUAUGACGAAGCCACGAUUAUGCAGUGCAAGAUGAUUCCUAAGGUUAAAUAUACUCGUCUUCAAGAGAUUCUUGCAAGACAAAAGAGGGCAAUUCAAAUUAAGCUUGCCGAACGCCUUAAACAAUCUACUAAAUAUCCAGGACUUCAAUUAUUCCAUAAGAACGGAGUCAAGCACGUUGACCCGAUGACAAUCCAGGGCAUCAAAGAGUCUGGAUGGGAUCCAGAAAUGGAGGCACGAGCACACGGAAACAAAAAAACAAAUCGCAGCAUAAUGGCAAGCAUUACAGCAGAGUUAAAAAAGCAUGCAAAAUCAUGGCCAUUUAGAAUUCCAGUGAAUGGAGAUGAAGUCCCGGAUUAUUAUAAGAUUAUCAAAGCUCCGAUGGAUUUGAUGACGAUCGAGUCCAAAGUUGAGAAUAAUUGCUAUAAGACACUUGAUGAUUAUAUCCAGGAUGUGCGGUUGAUUUUCAAUAAUUGUCGAAUUUACAACGCAGAAGGAACAAUUUAUGUCAAAUGUGCAAAUGGACUUGAAAAAUAUUUUAACGAACGAUUGAAGUUUUAUGAUAAUGCUAAUAAUAAUGGCAUUAAAAGAGUAAAGUAUUCUUAAUAUAAUUUGUGGUCAUCCUCACAACUAUUAUAUCCAUUAAUUAUUGGUGGUUUUGUAUGUUAUUUAUGUUAUUAUAAUUCUUGUCGUUUAUUUUUUUAUUAGAUAAUCUCCUUUCCUUUAUUCAACUCUAAAAACAAUAUCGUUAAUUUUAAUUUUUUCCUGUUUUAUAUUUGUGUAUAUAUAUUUUUCUUACAAAAAAAAAACAUUCAUCAUUUUUACCAUUUUUAUUGCAUUAUGUAUAUAUUUUAUAAUUAGAAUUAAAGUAGAAUUAUAAGGGUUAAUUUGGACGGAAAAGUAAUAAAUAAUAACA